AUGGAAAAGGAGCAAGCCAUGAUGAAGCAUACAGAGCCAUCUCGCAGAACUGAAGGGCUAGGAGUACGAAGAAUGAAUAAUAAAGGACAAUUUAAUCGAGGGAGAGGCCGAGGAAGAAGGAAUGACAGACGGUUUACGAAUGGCCCAGAUGUGUGUUACACUUGUGGUGGUACAGGACAUUUUUCUAGCAGUUGUCCUUAUAGUCACAGAAGAAAAGCCUCUGAUUAUAUUACUUGCUUCUCGUGUGGUGAGAAAGGGCAUUAUGCCAGCAGUUGUCCCCAUAAGAGACAAGUUACGCUUCCAGCACCACCCAUUAGACUAGCGAUUGAACCAGCCCCGAAGCACCAGGCUGUUGGAAAGCAAGUGAAUGCUUUAGAGUUAGGAAAACCCGAACCACAACAGCCCCAUCAGGGACCGAUCACAGGAACAUUGUGUGUUGGUGGAGUUUAUGUGCAUGUUCCCUUCGACUCGGGUGCCACACAUAGCUUUGUGAUACCCGAGGUAGUGUCGAGUUUUAAGGGAACCUUUACUAGAGUAAAGGUAGGUGUUUCAGUUAGAACCCCUGGGAACCAUAACCUUCGUGCCGAUAGUUGUGUACUUGGGAUUCCAAUCUAUGUGGGAUCAACGGUAUAUCCGGCAGACCUGCUAGUUGUUCCUUUAGGACAACACGAAGUGAUUUUGGGCAUGGACUGGCUGUCGAGAUACUACGCACAGUUGGAUUGUGGUCGAGGAAGAAUUACACUUGAAGAAAGCGGACAACCAUCAACGACAUACUAUGGAAUAUGUCCAAGUGCUGGAGUGUCACUUGUAUCUGCCUUAAGAGUUGAGAAAGAUUUGAUCGAGGGCGAGGUAUAUCUUGUAACUCUAACUACCCUUCGAGGAGAAUUGAAUGAAGGGACAAAGUUGGAAGAGAUAGCAGUAGUAAAAGAAUACCAGGAUGUAUUCCAGCCAUUGGAAGGAUUGCCCCCACCACGAAGUGAUCCUUUCACCAUUACAUUAGAGCCGAGAGCAGCCCCAAUAGCUAAGGCACCCAAUCGAAUGGCUCCAGCUGAGCUUGCUGAAUUAAAGAAGCAGUUGGAAGAUUUGAUAGAAAAAGGAUUUACCAGACCGAGAUCUUCACCAUGGAGAGAACCAGUCUUAUUUGUAAAGAAGAAAGACGGUACCAUGCGGUUAUGCAUCGAUUAUAGAGGGAUUAACAAUGUUACAGUAAAGAGUAAAGAGGAACAUGCAGAGCACCUCCAAAAGGUGUUAGAGCGAUUAAGAAGCCAUAAGUUGUUCGCCAAGUUUAGUAAAUGUAGUUUCUGGAAAAGGGAGAUUGGAUUCCUUGGUCAUCGAGUGUCAGAGAAGGGAGUUGCAGUAGAUCCUGAAAAGGUUAAAGUAGUUAAGGACUGGCCACGCCCUACCAGCGCUACCGAGGUUCAAAGCUUUCUAGGAUUGGCUGGGUAUAAUCGAAAGUUUUUGAGGAACUUUUCCAUCAUGGCCAAACCCUUGACGAGGCUGACUGGGAAAGAUAUAUCAUUUGAAUGGGAUAAGAAAGAGGAAAAGGCUUUUACACAACUAAAGGAAGCUUUGACGACAGCACCUAUUCUUGUAUUACCUACUCCAGGAAGACCUUACACAGUAUACACUGAUGCUUCUCGAGUAGGACUGGGUUGUGUACUGAUGCAGGAUGAAAAGGUCAUCGCCUAUGGUUCAAGACAGUUAAGGAAGCACGAGGAGAAUUACCCCACCCACGAUCUAGAGAUGGCUGCAGUGGUAUUUGCUUUAAAAAUAUGGAGAUCCUAUCUUUAUGGCGAGACAAUUCAAAUCUUUACUGAUCACAAGAGUCUCAAGUAUCUCUUUACUCAGUCAGAUUUGAAUUUGAGACAAAGGAGGUGGAUGGAGUUUAUCACGGAAUAUGACUUACAAAUCCAAUAUCACCCAGGAAAGGCGAAUGUGGUAGCAGAUGCACUGAGUCGGAGGAGAAGUGAUACAGCUAUUGAGAAGGACAUAGAAGCCUUAAACGCAGAAUUCAAGAUGAUUAGUCUUUCAGCCAUAGAAGGCGAGGGCAGCGAGCCAUUGGGAUUGCGAGCAAUGAAUCAAGCAAACCUCCUGCAAAGAAUUCGAGAAGAGCAGAAGGAAGAUGUGAAGCUAAAGAAGAUUAUAAAAGAACUUGAAGAAUAA